AUGGCUAUCGGAAACGACCCUCUCCAUGUCAGCGACGUGAUGGCGGAUGCCCUUAGCCACUUGAAUCGCGUGGUGGAACAUCUUAGAGACGAGGGUGAAAAUGAAGCAGCGAAUGGCAUUGCACGCGAUGUCCACUCAAUGCUGGACACGUUCAAUCAGACCACAGCUCCGUGGUCCAUCGAAAAGUUCCACAUGAAGCCUUCGCCGGCGCCAAACCCUGACUUGAUGGCUCGAAAUGGUACCACAACUCGUCCUGUCGCGAGACCGAACGCCUCCUCUUGGGCAGCAGUCGCCGCCACCGAUAUCGCGGGUAACAACUAUUUGGUCAAGUUCAGACCAUCUGACGGGUUGAAGCGACAUAUCACAGAGGAAGAGCCGAACAAGCUGCAGCCACGAGAUGAGGACUUCCGUUGCGUCUGGAUCUACGGCUGGACCAAAGACAAGCCCUUGAGCAUGGUCACAGAGCGAAUCAGCACGGGUGCCAUUUUCUCCAUGGCCUACGUGGAACAAUAUGGUGCGGUGUGUGUCAUCUUCCAGUACGCUGGCGGAGCCAUGCUCUUCACCGAGGAAGACAGUCAAUUCAUCCGCGAGUAUGGCGUCGGUUUGUUUGGCAAAGGCCAUGAAGUCAAAUAUGGCGAAGCCUAUCCGGACAACGAAGACCUGCUCCGGAUGCAACCCCCUCUCAAUGAGCGACGACGCUUGACCUUUGCUCGUCAGCAACUCUUCACCAAUGGGAUGAGUGAAGAGAGAUUUAGAAAGGACCUGAUCGAAAUUGUUGGACGCCACAAUCUUGAGUUGGUCUGGUUGUUCAAUACCGGCAAUGCCACUGCCGUUUUCUCUUCUACUGUUGUCGCCCGUAUCGUCCGGGAUGAAUUUAUCCGCCGGUCAAGGAGGGCAGGACCCUACCAGGACGUCCAGGUUGGGUUCUCUCAUGAUCCUUGCGAGCGUCCCAUGAACUUGAUAACUCAAAUUCCCUACCCGGGUUGCGUGCCUAGAGACCGCAGUGAUAGCGCCAAAUCAGCAUCAAGCGGACGCCCCUACAACCCAAACGCGGCCAAGUUUAUACCAGGUGCGGCCCUGCGUGCCAGGAAAGGUACUGAUACCGAUGGGUGGCAGACUGUGCAGCGAAAGCGAUGA